UAGGCACCCUAUGGGAAGCCUCGGGAGUCAGUGGGAACAAAUUUUGCUCCUUAUACAACAUUCGUCUCCUGAGACAGACAAAUUGCAGCCUUCCUAUUGAGUGUGCUGAGGUAGAAUGAGAAAGUCACUUCUUCAGAGUCACCCACAAGUCUCUGUUCAGGUCUUUGUCAUUAGACAGUCUUGCCCCUUCAAUGCUAUGGUUGAGUAGGUUCAUAGAGGGUUGGGGCUCCCUGGAACAAAAUGCAUUUCAUCUGCAAAAGUCUUUUUAUUAUUUUUCGUUUUGUAUUUAAUCACUGCAAAGUGAACAGUUUGUUCAGCUGUUUCCUAAAGCUUGGUGGUUUGCAUAGUGGAAACACAACCCAUUCACAGUCGUCAUAGUUUAUUUUAAUGACGGCUGUUAGUAGCCUGUGGGUUUUGAUGGGUUUUGUGCCUGGCUUCUCUCUGAGUUUCUCGCCUUCCUCAGUGCUAUUUUGGCCAGAUUGUCUGGGAAGUGCAACUUGCCCCCCCUCCUGGAUGGAUCAUGCCAAUAUUUAAAAUAGAGCAAGGAGUCCUCUGAGGGAAGAAAGGAGUCAGUUCUGACACGGAGACGUGAUUAAAAAAAGAAAGUCCAUUAAACGCAAUCACAAAAUCAGGCUGCUUCUGCAACCUGGCGGUGCCACAUUCAAAGCCUUCAGUCCUGUGGAUGGUGGGGACGUGGUGUGAGCCAGGGAUCUCUAACGGGGAAGUUUUCUGAGGACUCUCAGCCCCAUGGAGCAUCGGUCAUGGGUUGGACCAGUGCUUCGCCCAUCCUCAGGUCGUGUCUCCAGGAGCAGCUUCAUAGCAAACAGGAUGGGGUUGAUCGGGAGCAAAAACCAGCUGAUGUCCAGUGAGAAAUUUACAUCAGGAAACAAUCCGAAAAACAGGAGUAGACCUCCUCCUCCUGCCCCACCCAAAGGCAGACAAUUUAUCAGCCUCUCUCAUCUAAACCAAGCCUCUGCACAAGAUGACAUCAUUGUGAUUGCACUGUAUGACUUUGCUGCUUCAAGUGACCGUGAUCUGGAGCUGGUCAAGGGGGAGAAACUUCAGAUCCUCUCCAACGAGGGGGACUGGUGGCUGGCCAAAUCCCUCCGAACUGGGAAGAAAGGCUAUAUCCCCAGCAACUUCGUUGCACUAGUAGACAGCCUGGAACAGGAAAAGUGGUUUUUUAAAACUCUGAGCAGAAAAGAUGCUGAACGGCUACUGUUGUCUUCUGGUAACAAAAUUGGCUCCUUCCUUGUUCGAGAGAGUGAGACCAGCACAGGUGCCUACUCCUUGUCUGUGAGAGACAGUGAUUCUGCUCAUGGGGACAUCAUCAAACACUACAGGAUCCGCUCUUUAGAUGGUGGAGGUUAUUACAUCUCCCCAAGGAUGACUUUUGCCACCCUGCCAGAGCUAAUCCAUCAUUACAGCCAGAGGGGAGAUGGCCUGUGCCAGAGGCUCAUAGCUCCCUGCACAUCCCUGGCUCCCCAGAGGCCCUGGGCACAGGAUGAGUGGGAGAUCCCACGGGAGUCUCUGAAACUUGUGAAGAAGCUUGGCAGUGGGCAGUUUGGGGAAGUGUGGAUGGGCUACUACAAGAACAACUUCAAGGUGGCUGUAAAGACCAUGAAGGAGGGCAGCAUGGAUCCCAACGCCUUCUUGGCAGAAGCAAACUUGAUGAAGAAGCUCCAGCAUAAUAAGCUGGUCCGGCUCUAUGCUGUAGUCACAAAGCAGCCAAUUUACAUCGUGACAGAGUACAUGGCCAAUGGGUGCUUGCUGGAUUAUUUGAAGACAGAGGAAGGAAGCCAACUGAAUCUCCCCAAACUCAUUGAUAUGUCUGCUCAGGUGGCAGAGGGAAUGGCAUACAUUGAGAGAAUGAAUUCCAUCCACCGUGACUUGAGAGCUGCCAACAUCCUUGUCUCAGAGACACUGUGCUGCAAAAUUGCUGAUUUUGGCUUGGCCAGGAUCAUUGAGGAUGAAUACUUGGCACAAGAAGGAGCCAAAUUCCCGAUCAAAUGGACGGCACCAGAAGCCAUUAACUUUGGAGUUUUCACCAUCAAGUCUGACGUGUGGUCUUUUGGGAUCCUCUUAACUGAAAUCAUAACCUACGGCAGGAUCCCUUAUCCAGGGAUGACCAACCCUGAGGUGAUUCGCAACCUGGAACAGGGUUACCGCAUGCCCUGCCCGGAUAUGUGUCCAGCUGAGCUCUACAGCAUCAUCCUGAGAUGCUGGCGAAACAAACCCGAGGAACGCCCGACCUUUGAGUACCUGCAGUCCGUCCUUGAGGACUUUUACACGGCCACAGAGAAGCAGUAUGAGGCAGAGCCUCAGCCAUAAGCCACCAGCAGCUGGGGACAGAGGAAAGCCACCAUCCUGCACAGGUUGGUGAUGGCUCUUGUCAGGAUCUCCCUUUCUCCUGUGUGCUGCCACGAUGGAUUUGGGGAUGGGGAGAAAGGAUGGACGUGAGGGAAGUGGAUGGUGUCACAGCUCCCCAGCUUCCCCCAGGAAGAGGGGAACACUGCCUGGAGGGUGGCAUGGGGCUGCAUGCAAUGCCACUGUCCCCUCCGCAUCACAGGGAGGUGUCCUCUCUGCACCUCCUGGGGCCUCAUCAGGCCUCCAAACUCUGGAGUCGUCCCUGCCAGGGGUGCCAAUCCUGAAUCCUUAAUAAAGAACCAGAGAGACCAUUUUCCAUUAUUUCAUUCUUCUGUCAGGAUGGCAGCGUGCUCCUGCAUUUCCCAUUCCCAUUUCCCACCUCCCGGAGAGGUGGUUGUGCUCUGCUCCCAGGUAACAGCGACAGGACAAGAGGUGAUGGCCUCACACUGUGCCAGGGGAGGGUCAGGUUGGA